GAGCACGCCGCAGCCAAUCAGAGCCGGCGGUCUUGAACAAGCCGCCCCGGGAUUGGUCCGCUCGCUUCCAGCACUUGAGGAAUGCUAACGUGGGCAAGUGCCAUAUUGUCCAAUCAAUGAGUUGGCCGCGGAGCCGAGCGGACCUCAGUGGGAGCAGCAGUCUGUGUCGGAGAGGCAGAGGGAGCAGCAUCACCGCCGAGUGUGGAGCUCUGAGCAUCACGGGGGAGCCGCUCAGUCAUCCACCGCAGCGACUCAACUGAAAUAACGCGACCGAAUCACGCAAAGAUACCGUUUUUUUGUUCUUCGUCCUCUCGCCGGUUUUAUACGCUUUCAUUGUGUUGUUUUUUUGUUUGUGUGUGUGUGUAUGUCGAGAAAGAGGAACGGAGAGCGAGGCAUCACUGCGGCUAAUCAGUCUCCUCUUCCAGACCUUUUUGGAAUUACAAUGAAAAAUGUAGGUGACACAUUUUCUCUGACGGUCCAGGAAUCACAGUAGGAUCCGAGCGAAGACGACAGAAGAAGAAGAAGGACAAAAAACAGGGGGAGAAAUGGUGACGGGUGCCGCAGCUAUAGGUUGAGCAUCCUCUCUGUGGAGCCCUGCGUAAAAGAAAAACAGAUGUAAAAACCUGUGAGGGUCAGAAAACGUGGAUCUCAACAGGACCGUCCCUGCACCACAUGGAGGUUUACCGGGGGAAUCUCUCAGCUGCUCUCAAAGCCGAGGCUCCUCGCUAACUGUUCACCCUCCUCUUUUUCCAACUGUUUUUCACUUUCUUUGUCGUCGUCGGGACAGAGGUGACACACACACACACACCUCUUCUCUUACUCGACUGCCGUUUUGUUCCAAGCGAGACCAAAACCAGGUGCCAAAACUGACUGUGUCAAGAGACGAAGCAAAAAAAAAAAAAAAAUCAUCAUCAAGAGUUUAUUUAACCAUUUAGUAACUGAAGAACAGCUUUUUCUCUCCGCGUCUACACAGGAACACAUUCCGAACAUCCUGCUUCCCGUUAACACGCGGUCAUCACAGCAUACUGAAGAGAUGAAGCUUAAUAUCCAUCGUCUUCUGUCAGUGUUUCCAUAGCUGCUGCUGUUUUCACACGAGGACGACGAUCAGUGCAUUAUUGGUUCAAAGUGCUUUAUAAACCGAUCCUCCAGCUGAUGGUUCGCUCGUGUGUUAAGCAGUGAUAACUCGCCGCCGCCGCCGCGCUCUGACGCCAUCUGAACACUUUAAGGCUUCGGCAGGACGUCGUUUGACUGACAGGCAACACGAGCCGCGUCUAACCUGAUAAUUAUAGGCACCGCCGCCGCCACCACCGCCACCGCUGCUGCUGCUGCUAUCUCAAAGGCUGAGAGAUAUUCCACCGUCUCGGUCUGUGCUGUGAAACACUGUUGACACUUUGCCUAUCUCCUUCUUCCAGUUGCUUACGUGAGAGACGCCUCUCGCUCGUUGUCGUCUUCUGUUUCUUCCACGCGUGGCGCUCAAUCUCGCCACACCGAACAACCUGAACGCCCCCUUUAUCUAAUCCCAGUGACCUCUUCAACUUUUUUUGCAUUCUUCCUUUUGUUCUCCAGGAUAAAAAAAACAAAAAAAACCACAUGCAAUUUAAAACCUUUCACUGUAUUUACACUUUUUGUGGAAGGAGAUCAAGUUUGUAGAAAAAAAAACAAGACCAACCCAAGUGAAGCCAUACUGAACACCAGCCAUAGAAGAAUACCUUUUACAUUUACGACAAGUCCUCAAACACAUCAGUGACACAUUCAGGGAGUCGAUGAAGAAUCUGCUGUUGAGAAGAACCCUACAUUUCAUACGUUUGGAUGUCAGAACCCUGUUUGUAAGUCCGGACCUUUUCUACCCGCGUCUUUCCACGUCGCUGUAAAUCUGUGACCCGCGGUGUCAAGCGUGGCAGUGAACGUGAACCGCGUCGAGUUCCCGUCGUCGUCGUCCCGUGUUCCUCUGCGUUUGACGGAUGAAUCCGGACAUUUUCAUGUCUGUUCUGUGGGCAGAACCUCGCUGCCCUGCUAGAACCGGGCCCAAGCCCUCCUUCGUUCUCUUCUGUUGGGCCAAGCUAAAUUCAGAGCAAAGACACUCACACAAGGGUAUCGAACGCACAUAGAUCCUCACGUUUUUUUUUUUUUACAAAUCUUUCCGUUCUGUGAUUCUUGCUGUUGGUCACUCUUCUGUGAAUGCCUUUACACGCUCGUUUAUUGAACUGAUCUUCGUCCUCUUGCAGCUGCUCGGAGGACUUGAUGCUGCUUAACGCUUUACAAGUCAAAGUCACUGUCCACAAAGUCACUGUUCUACUGUAAGUUAAACCAAAACUUCAAGCAUAUUGACCUUUACUGAUCCUCUUCCUCCGAAACCGUUUUGCGAGGAAGAGCUCGUUUCAUUGGCAGAUUGUGAGCAAGACGUUGAAGGAAUCUGAAUUUUGACUCGCAGCUCGUGCCAAACUCAGACUGACUUCCUCUCAGUUUGUCCACGAGAUCUCUGAAGCUGCCGGCGCUGUUUACAGACACGAGACUCGCAGUGCUCGAGUGUUUGAUUUGACUUAAGCAAACAUUAUUUUUCCAUGUACAUCGGUUCUCCACGCAGGACAACAGAAGUGCCAAACAAGAAAUACUUCCAACAUCUGCUUGUCAAACGUGAAAAAUAAAGUUUACAUGCAGCGCUAAAUGUUUACAGACUACAUUUUCCAUUAAAGUUUCUUACAUGAAUCGUAACGUUCGUGCCAUAAACGACGCCCAGAAAACUCUUCUGUCGGAGAUAUAAGACUCUUAUUUUGGAGGGGUCCUUAUAUUUAAAGGGUUUACACUCAUUUUGUUUACAGAACCUGUAAAAAAAUGACUGCCUGUUUUUGACAAACUCUUAAUUUUGGCCAGUGGACUGUAAACUGACAGACCAAAAUUAAAUAUCUGACACCUGCUGCCAUAAAAACAACAAACAACGCGUUCUUCUAUAUUUCUAAGCGUUUUCAUUUGGAUUGAUUCUUCAGUACUGCAGACAUUUCACAGGGCCUAAAAACUCUGAAAGACCUCAAUGUUUACACAAGCUGCUUAAAGGAAGGAUUUGUAUCCAGAGAGAAAUGUUUACAUUCAGAUGAACGAGUGAAAUGCCAAACACAUUCAUGACACAUCGCUUGAACUAAGAGAGAGAAACUCUUUGCACCUGUACAGAGAGUACAGAUCAGACUGCGUUUCAUACAAAAGGUUUUUAUAAGUCAAGAAGCGGCCAUCUUGGAAGAGGACGCUGAUUAUUCACGCCGCAUGAGGAGCUGUUAAUGUGAUUUUUUUUUUUUUUUUUUUAAACAACGGCUCAAGAACUUGAUAAAACAAUGAAACCAACUAUUUCAAAAGGGAUGUUCUGCUCGUCCUUCGUCCUCCUGCUUUCCUCCUGCCUGGCUGUUUCCACGCUGACCAUCACCACGGAGCGACGCGCUGUCGAUAGCGACGUCAGGACUCUGACCAGCGGCGGUAGCUCCGCUGCAGCUGGUAAACGGAGCACCACCUUGUUCCUCCUGACUGGCUACAAGAGGCCACUGCCGCCGCUGCCCGCCGGACCAAAAGUGGCGCCGAAAGCAGCCGAGGUGGAGGACGGAGACGAUCCACCGGUCGUGGCCGAGCUCCCUCCGAAGCCCCUCCCUCAGACCAUGUUACCAAGGAACAUGACGGCUGACGCCCUGAAGCCUCCGCUCGGAGCCGCGCAGGUGGCGCCGCCUCCGAGACAGCUGGUGGAUGUGGACGUGUGCAGGGGUUACUACGACGUGAUGGGGCACUUUGACACCACGUUCAACUGCUCCAAGGGCAGCUACAUCUACUGCUGCGGCACCUGCCACUACCGCUUCUGCUGCGAGCACCAGAGGAACCGGCUGGACCAGGACUCCUGCAACAACUACAUCUCCCCCGUGUGGGCCGACACGCAGCAGCCCGUCACCGUGCCCGUGGGGAACAAGCCCGACCCGGACUUUGAGACGCUCCAGCAGCACAACAGCAGCACGGCGUACGUGAUCGGAGGGGUGAUCUCCUUCACUCUGGUGGUUGCAGUGGGCGUCAGGAUUGCCUUCAGCAAGGUGGCGCGCCGACCUCGCAACAGGGACAUCAACAUGCCCAGAUCACUGGUGGAUAUCUUGCGUCACCAGUCGAGCCCGGUGCAGCAGGGAGAGAGGAACAACACCACAGUGUUGACCACGACCACCUCGGACGGUCGGACGUCUAAAAACCUCUACACGCCCAUCCUGCAGAGCAAAGACAACCGCAAGCGUGGAGCCCGGAUGAACAACACCCCCCAGCUCUCCUCCGGACCCACCCUGAUUUCGGGUAGCGGUAAAGGUCCGAGCGGGGUCGGUGGCAGCAGCAUCAUGGGAAGCGGCAUGAGACACAACAGCAGCCACCCUUCGUUCUCCCACUCCUUCCACAACCUGGCCCAGCUGCCGCCGUCCUACGAGUUGGCCAUGAAACCCGAGAUCAGCCGCUACAGCUCCCUGAAGAGGCUGGAGAAAGAACUUGACGAGUACUCCAGCUACUACAACUCCAAGCGCCGCUCCAACAACGCUCCGCCCUCCUUCCACUCCUCGCAGCACCACCUGCCCUGGGGAGGCGAGUACACGCUGGGAUCCAGGGGCACGCUGCCCCUCAACGGCUCCCGGCCCCGCGUCCAGAUCCCCGCCUCCACCCCGAACCCGUACCCUCUUCCCGCCCAGUCGCAUUACACCAGCUCUUCCUUCGACAGGCCGCCGCGCCGCGUCCGCUCCCAGGACCAGCUGCUGGCGCUCGGGGAGGGCAACACGCUGUCCCGCCUCUCCAAGAACCAGCAACAUCAGUACUACAAAGCCAUGAUGAACUCCAGCAGGGGCUCCAACUCGCAGACGCUCCGCAGGUCCCAUGAGAGGCUCCUGGUCUCCCCGGACCGUCUGGAGGACCAGCUGCUGGCGAUGGGUCUGAUCAUCGGAGGCGACAGAGGAGGAGGCAGCGGGAUGGUGCCCACCAUGGGCCGGCUCAGCCACCACCAGAAGGCCCAGUCACAGCAGAACAUCUGCGUCACGCCGGUCAUGGACCGCCACCACAUGAUCAAGAUGAACUCCCACCCGACGCCAGGCCACGACCACGACCGCGACCGCGAACGGAGCUCCGACCGCGUGCCCGCCAUGGGCAUGCACGGCGGCUGGGAGCCGUCCGGAAGUCACAACGCCCGGCGGAUGGCUUUUGCCAGCAAGAGGCAGAACACCGUCGAACAGCUGCACUUCAUCCCCGGAGGAGGAGGAGGAGGAGUGCAGGGACUGCGGACUGGGAGUAAGAACGAGGUGACGGUGUGAGAGGAAGAGGGAGGUAAAGAGAGGAAGAUGAAGAGUAGAGAGGUGAAGGCUUGAAGCUUGUAGAGAAGCCGAAGAGGCAGACGGAGGAAAGAGAGGUGUCGAGGGAUUUAGAGGGAAGACGAGCAGGAAGAGGCAGUGAGGAAGAGGUUUGAUCUCAGCCGGCUGCCUCGCAGGGCCGAGCAGCGAACGCCCCCCCCUCCCCGUCGUAACACAGAAAGUGGUGGAAGACGACAUUAAUCUCAUAGUGAGUAAAGCCAAUUGAUUUUCUCCUCGUCACUUUGUGUAUUGAAGAAAAAAACAGAGAAUAUUCAGCCAUUCUUUGUAAAGGGAAGACAGAAAUGUCCACUUAAAAAGAGCAAAAAAUAUCAUACGAGUGCCGUUUGAAGGCUGCUGGGUAUUCGCUGUGACUUUUAUUGAAGGAUACCCGCUGAGUUGAAUCUGUUGAGUUGUCCUUGAGUUUUAUUGCACUGUCCUCUGAGUCCUCGAGAGCUCUGACAGAGAUUCAUCUGUCUUUGAAUCCACUGUGGAUGACGGAGAGCGCCGAGGCAGAGACAGACGGGUUUGCUUGUCUUUGUAUUUAUAAAAAGUAUUUAAAACCAAACAAGUUGCUUUUGUAUGAAAUUAACCUGAUGAUGAUAAUUAUAACAAUAGUAUUAACAUUACUGAGCCCUGUAAGACUUUGUGUAUACUUGGUUUAAAACGUAUUUAUCCUUUAGCCGGCCGGUUUGUAACUUAAAGGCCGGACAUGUGACCCGCCCGUCAUUUCUUUCUCUAGUUGUGAUUGGACAUGUAAUUAAAGUUCAACAUUCUCUGCAAACAUCAAAUGACUGCCUGUACGGCACAAUUCACGCUAGAUAAAGUCAAAUUAAAAACCAUUUAGUGAAAAAAGAAACAAGACCUGCAUCAACACAAACUGCUGCUACAAAGGCCCAGUCACACCAGCGCUCAACUGGUAAAUCAUCUGGCAAAAUCAUCAGAUCACAGCUGAAAUUCUGCACACAUUGGAUUUAUUAACGAUGGGGCUCUUGGUGAACUGUGACAAGACGAGUUCGUGGGCACAGAAAUACUUUUUUCCCGUAAGCUUACAUGUGACGGACGCAGCGGUGAAACAGCAGAUGACUCGUUUCACUUCUGACUUUAAUCCAGUUGGUCUGAGAAAAAGAUUUAAUCGUGUGACUCUUCUUGACUUUCAAGUUAGCAGAUAGUUAGCGGUAUCUGGGUUAUUUAAUACCCAGGAAGUCAAACUUGCAGAAGAUAAAACGUUAAUUGUGAAAUACAUCUUUUUAUGAAUCAUGUAAACUUAUUGUAUAGCUCAGAGUUGGUUAGUUUCCCUCUUUAUUGAACACUUAGACAUAGGAUGAAAUGAUGUUAAACAGUCGAAUACGGGGAGAGCAGAAAGAUGCUCGAGGGCAUUAGCAUGUUCCUUUCUCGCUAGCGUGUUAGCUCGUCUUGUUACGGUGGUUCACCAACCAGCCCCACGAGUAGCUUCUCCUGCCAGACAUGCAGAUUAAGUCUGCUGCCACUUUUCUGGAGUGACCGGGCCUUCAAAGUAAAAAAAAAAAAAUUUUUUUAAAAAUCCACCUUUACCUUACUUUGUACAGUGAACUCUAGUGGGCUCUCGUGGGUGUUUUAUCAUCUAUGAAACAUUGUGCUGUGACCCCUUUUUGCGUAACGAUUACCACCGGGAUUAAAAAAAAACCAAAAGUUUGGAAUUCGACCGCUCAUGCAGACGGGUCAAACUUCUACAACAUGAUGGACCCCGACCGCCCAAACGUCCCUCAAACACUGUUUUAAACUUGUGUCGUUGUGAGUCUUUAGAGAGUCGAGGGGUUUCCGAGCGGACCCUCCUGUGCUUCUACGACGCCACAUGUUACCUGCAAGUUCAGCUGCUCACCUCAUAUGAAGGGAAGUCGGGGGGGAGGCAGGCGGGUUUUCGAGGCUGGGUGGGUGGUGGGGGGGACAACAGACACUUCGCACCAAGGGCUAUACCGAAUUAUCUUUGUGUGUCUGUGCUCUGUACAGUGUCUGCUUCUCAUGUUCAUCUCUCCUGCGUGUCGCUGUCGGGAGGCAUGCUUGUGUUCACGGAUUCUUGAUUUCUUCUUCUUCUUCUUCUUCUUCUUCUUCUUGCGUCGAGAGAAAAAACAUUAAACAUGCAAGAAAUUCUGCAAAGCAAAGGGACUUUUGUGCAACAUGUAAACAAAAAACAAAACAAAAACACAAACACACGACCAUGAUAACUUUCUUUCUUUCGCGGGAGAAGCGGUGGCCAAGAUGAUGUCAUAUUUUGUACAUUUUUUUUUUGUUUGUUUUUUAAGUUCCUCUGGCUGUGAGAUGGACCUGCCGGCCGUUUAAGCUGGAUUCACCCUUCGAGGGGUUUAAAGGGGCUCCUGAGGCCUUUUUGUUUGAGGUUUCUCAGUGUCCCUCUCCCAGUUGUAUUUCGAUAAAGACAGAUGAUGAUUGAUGACUGAGCGACGCUUCCUGCCAGCCAUUUUUAGUCUUUUACUACGACACAUGUGCUCAUGUUAAAGGUUUAUGAUCAUACGUGUAAAGACUUCCCACCCCCCCUCCUCUAUCAGAAUACGAACGCUCUUAUCAUGAAUUUUUCUUUUUUUGUCUUUUACUUAAACAUGUAUUUAUUUUUUUUAAAAAUCUCUGUGAAUUUUAAAUGUGUAAUCCUGGAUUUUCAAUAUUCAAACUUUAUAGUGGAAUUUAAAAAAAAGAAAGGGGGAAAAAAAAAAGAUAAAAAGAGAGCGAGACAAACAUUUGUGUUCUCGAGAACAAAAAGUUGCUGAUGCAAUCAAAGAGAAAAGACGAACCGCAUGUCAGAAGCCAGUGUUGAUGAUGUCAUAGUGCUGACUUAUGAUGUCACGGCGUGUAUGUGUGUAAAUGUACAUGCGUCUGUUUUCAUUUGUGUGCCCGUGUGUGUAACUCUCUCUGUCUUCUUCUUCUUCUUCUUCUUCUUCUUCGGAAUGCUGAAUCUCAUUUUCCGACCAAACUUUCCGGUUGCAGUUCAGAGACCCGAGUCGCGGCCGUCACGUGUUCAUAUCAACCAGUAAUGAAAUCAAAGCGGCCUGUCGUUUUGUUUGAUUAAUAAAAAAAAAAAAAGGGACAUUGAUCAAUCACAGCUUCUCUUGUCGAGCUGCGUUCACCAAAGCGAGGACUCCUCAAACAUUUGAACAUGUAAAAUUAUUUGAAGGAUUUUAUUGGGUCCAAUCUUUUUGGGUAUUUGGUAUUUUAGAAGAGAUGAGUUGAAUAUGAGCCUGCAAAAAAAAAAUCUGCAAUUUGUGUUUCGUGAUGCUCACACACUCGAUCCUUUUGACAGAACUUUAAGAGUAUUAAAGUCGCAGUAUUAAAGGGGCAGUUCACCCCAAAAUUUGAAGAAACACAUUAUUCUUCUUACCUGUAGUGCCAGUCGUAGAGAUGUCUGCCUUUCAAUAUAAUUCACCUUGUGGUUAGGAACUAUUUUCUUGUCACCACUGAGAAGGAAACGGGCAUCUACUCAUCGACGAUAGAGAGGGAGGUGUAAACGUUGAUGGCGUCCUCCUUGGCUGAGCUGUAACGUUAGCUUGCUUCGUUCAUGAUUCCUUCUGUGCAGUGAUACAGGAAGAAAAUAGUUCCUACAUCCUCUUACCUCGACGUGUGAGUAAGUGAGUAUAGCUUAGCAUCGCACCAGCGACGGGUUUACCGAACCGUCAUCGUACUCUUGCAGUUUAUACUACCUUGCCUGACUUCCUCCUUUACAGCUGUAAUAAUCACAACAGACACUAGAGGGCGCCACCGAACAAGAAAUGUAUAAACUGGUGGCAAUAAACUGCUUUCACAGUCGACCACUAUGGUUGUUUUUCUGAUGAGGAUGGGCUGCCAGGUUAUCUACCUUAGCAUCAAGUAAAGCUGCUGAAGGACAACAGACGGGAAAAGCCAGAAAAUAUUUCCUUUAUAGAUUUAAAGCCGAACACGAUGACCUUCUUCUCAUUCAUCCACGGCAGCGUCUCAAACCAACGCAGGACGAGUCAUCAGGAUGUUUUUCCAGAAGGUUACAAACUUUAACGUACCUACAAAUCAACAUUUUUGCCAUUGUCGAGACUGAUAUCUCACAUACUGGUGCGAUAAAGAUAGAAACUAGAUGGAUGCAGCACUACAGGUAGGAGGAAAAAUGAACUGUUCAGAGUUUCAGUCCACGCUGAGGAGGUAAAAAACACACACACUUUUAUAUAUUCAAGUGUUUUUCAGCGGGUCGUGGAGGAGAAUGUCCUGUGACCUGCCUUUUUGUCUGACAGGAUGGAAAAGACUCUGCGGGGUUUUUUUUUUUUUUAAAUGAUGAAAACAUCUCAUUAAAUUUUAAACGAGAAGGAGGAAAGAAAAAAAAGGGGGGAGGGAGGGAUUGUAAAUGACACGUGAAGAUUCAGUUGUAUUUUUAAUGUCUCAUUUCUGCUCAUAGGUCUGAUACACAUGUCGUAAUCCAUGUUCAGUUAAUUGCUCCCCUGAUAAAACUGUGUGUGUGUGUGUGUGUGUGUGUGUGUGUGUGUGUGUGUGUGUGUGUUAACUGGUGGGUGGGGGGGGUCACGGGCAUAUUUGUAUUCUCAAAGCUACUCUGCAUACCUCAAAUUGUAUGAUACAUUUAUUUAUUACAUCCCCUUAUAUGUCUAUUUCCAAGAAUAAUUCCAAACAAAGGUCUCACACACGUGCAACCCUUUUGUUAUUGGUGAUCAAUUCUUGCGUUUGUAGAAACCUACUGUUUAAUUGAUAAUAACAAUAAAAAAGAAAAAUCCCACUAAAA